GAAUCACUCGCUCUACUCCAAAUUAAACAAGCAGCAGGGCACGCUUGCUAUGCUGCCUCAUAUACAUACUUACUUACUACUAGCUUAUCUAUCUACCUGUCUCCCACCUAUCUAUCUGGCUAUAUAUCGGCGUCAGCCGUGAGCUCCUCCCACACACGACACGCUCACGCACAUCACCGUACCAGCCAUGGCAAAGCUUGCUCUCGGCCACCACCGCGAGGCCGCUGAUGCCGGCUGCGUCCGUGCGGUGCUCGCCGAGCUCAUCCUCACCUUCCUCUUCGUCUUCGCCGGCGUAGGAUCAGCCAUGGCGACCGCCAUGCGUGUGCGUGCAGGGAAGCUGGCCGGCGGCGCUGACUCCGUCGUGGGCCUGACGGCGGUGGCGCUUGCCCACACGCUGGUCGUGGCCGUCAUGGUGUCCGCGGGGCUCCACGUCUCCGGCGGCCACAUCAACCCGGCCGUCACGCUGGGCCUCGCCGUCACGGGCCGCGUCACGCUCUUCCGCUCCGCGCUCUACAUCGCCGCCCAGCUCAUGGGCUCCGCCCUCGCCUGCCUCCUCCUCGCCUUCCUCACCGGCGGCGCGCCCACGCCCGUGCACGCGCUGGCGGCGGGCGUCGGCGCGCUCCAGGGCGUGCUCAUGGAGGUGGUGCUCACCUUCUCCCUGCUCUUCGCCGUGUACGCCACCGUCGUCGAUCCGCGCCGCGCCGUCGGAGGCAUGGGCCCGCUGCUGGUGGGACUGGUCGUCGGCGCCAACGUGCUAGCCGGCGGGCCCUUCUCCGGCGCCUCCAUGAACCCCGCGCGCUCCUUCGGGCCGGCGCUCGCGGCCGGGGUCUGGGCCGACCACUGGGUCUACUGGGUCGGGCCGCUGAUUGGCGGGCCGCUCGCCGGGCUGGUCUACGACGGCCUGUUCAUGGCCCAGGGAGGCCACGAGCCGCUUCCAAGGGACGACAACGACUUCUAGCUGGCAUCACAUCAGCCAGCGAAAGGGCACGAACUCUCCGGUCAGCAGUGGGCGCAUGAUGCAAUCUGUCAUUAACCACGCCACUGAAGAAUUGGUGGCAUGCGACAAGACAAAAGGGGACCUGCAGGUUAAAUAACAAUUCAUACUCCACGCUAGCUAGCUGAGAGCAACUGAAAUCGUCAAGCAUUCAAAGAGAUUUUAUUAAUUUGAGCAUGUAUGCAUGGAAGUCCAUCAAGUGUAGAACAACAACAUCUCCAUCUCAGUGCUCUUGUAGAUUUUAUUAAUUUGAGCAUGUAUGCCGGAGGGAAGUCAUGAUGCCCCUCUUCCGACGGGGCAGCAGCACCUUUACCUCAUCUUUGAUGACUGGCCGUGGGGCUACACCAUCCGCAAGCUAAAGUUGCCGCAUCAGCCGAGCUUGCGUCCGCCUGAGGAGCAUAAGCGCUUGCCGCCUCCUUGCAUCUGCUUGGCGGCACCGCGUCGUCGUCCCUUUUUCUUCGCCGCCGUUGGCACUAAUAUCAUCUCGGCGCAUCCCAGGAAUGUCUUUUGUAAUUCCCCGUAUCGGGGGCAACGUACAGAGAAGAAGAAAUCGCAGGUACGCACCUACAACUACAAGAGGACUAGUAAGUGGCCCGUGCUAACGCUACGGCCAACUUGUAAGAACAGAAAUAAGCAUAGUGACAUCAACCAAAACUGAAUUGCAACAAUGAGCAAACUAAAGCAGAUGUCAAUGAUCUGCUUACA